AUGGAGCGGUGCGACGCCAUCGAGAGCGCGUGGGGGUUGAAGCAGAACGGUAUCUUCGACGAAGGAGAGUGGAUCGCGCAGAUUGAUGGUGAAAUCCAGGGCAUUACCAGCAGCACCCGCCUGUCCUUGUCAUCCCAACAAGAUGCCAGCAGCGAACGAGGUGCUGCUGCACCUUCUCAGCACCCACCUGCUGCUGCAGCGGGUACCGCGAGGAGGAAGGUGGAUCGAGGGAAGCACGCCAGGGAGAGAGCUGCGAAAGGCACUUUAGGCGGAAACAUCUGCAACGCGUUCUCGAUUGGCAGCGGAAAACCGAUUGAGCGGACUUGUGGUGGAGUGAAAGAGUUCGCAUCCGGUAUGAGCUUCCCGCCUCCGGCCCGGGAGUCCCGCCGAUCCUGCCCUCACUGUCCCAUUACCUUCGUGAACGAGCAAGGCCUUGGGAUCUACGUGAGAACGCAGCACAGCAGUGCCAACAUGUCCAACGGCGUGCGGCUGCGGCGGAUGCUACGGAAGAAUCUCGAAGGGCGUGUCCUGCCGUGGGGAGAGGCCGGGCCUGGGCGUUGCUGGCACGUAAAGGUCGAUGAUGCGACGGGGGCGGCUUCGUUUGUCCUCCAGCGGAAGCGCUUUCUCGAUCUAGACUUGGAAAGCGACGGCUUUAUGGACCGCGAAACCAAGGAAACUCGUGGAGCUCCCAAGCGCAGGCGAUACGACAAUAGGUUCAAAGCCAAUGCUGUCAACCAGCUGCGCAUCCUCGAGGACAACGCCGCGAACCUGUGGAAGGAGGAGGAGCGCACGCCUCUUCAGUACUUAGAGGAUCGUCUCAGGGUUCACUACAGCAACAUCGUGAAGUGGGCCAAGGACGAGAAGGCCAUAGUCGCGGCGGCAGCAGACGACGUGAAGAAGAGCCUCCUCGCCAAGCAGCAGCCUAAGCGGUGGUUUCCUGAGGCAGAAACGAGGCUUUACAAGAUGUCCGUGGAGCGGCGUAAGAGGAAGCUGAAGGUAUCGACCGUGUGGCUGACGACCACGUUCCGGAAGCUCGUGCGAGACAUGUAUCCCGGGGACCAACGGGCGGCGGCGUUCCGCGCAUCCUUCAGGUGGGCACGAAAAUGGGCCAAGAGGCACAACCUGUCCAAAAGACGUCGGACCAACCUCAAGAACAAGUCUGUUGAGGAGCGCCUACCCAAGAUCCAGCGCUUCCACCGACUGUUUCGCAAGCUCCUGCAAGAGCCGGUACGGUACAGGGCGCCCGAUGAGUCGGACGUAUCGGCGAUUACGACGGUCGCAGAGAGGGAGUCCAGAGUUCCCAAGUAUGGCCAAUUCCAGCUUUGGGAGCGUUGGAAUGUGGAUCAAGUGCCUUUGGCAUUCGUAAACGGGCUGCUCGAUACGUGGGAGGAGCAAGGUGCGAAGCGUGUCGCCAUCUCACAGCCCUUUCCUGGCCUAGAGGAAAGGCAGUGCACCAUGCAAGUCACCUUUGGUCCGGGUGAGAAGACCUUGCGAAUUUCGGACGUGGACGUGUUUUUCCAGGAGAUUGCUUGGGCCGACCAAAAGUUCUGUAUGGAGUGGGCUAAGGGGUCCUACCGCGAAGGCCUGAUGCGCGGGCGGGGUGAGCUUCCCAAGGCGAGGUCCAUUCUUAUCAUGGAUAUCUUGCACGCGCACACGACGGACGGACGAGUUCAAGGAGUAUCUUGCGAAGGAGUGCAACACUCUCGCCUGGAAUGGCCCNAUGCGCGGGCGGGGAGUGCAACACUCUCGCCUGGAAUGGCCCUUCGGAAUGCACGGACGAGGUGCAGCCAGUUGAUGCAGGAGCCGGACGAUUUAUCAAGGUGGAAGCUGGGAGGCAGAUGGACAUGUGGCUCGAGCAGUCGGACAACCUCGAGAGGUGGGAAACCGCGNGCGUUCCGAUUCCGCCUUUUCGAAAAGUGCGGGAUGGCCAUGACUGUGGACGGCUCAGGCGAUGAUCGGAUCACCUUGGAGGGUUUGGACAAGCCGUACACCUUCGCAAACGAUGAAGACUGUAGCGAGGACGAAGCAGCGAUGAAGACGACGGCGGGAAGCACGUCUCAAACCCAGACCGAUGAGCUAGCUCUUCUCGACGACGACGACAGCAUGGACCCACAAGACCCGGAGGACGAGACACAAGGAAUGGAGAUCCCGACAGGCUUUCGCAUUCAAGAAGUUGAACCCGUUGCUCUUGACAGAUUGCUUUUGCGACGUGGCGUGCUCGUUAGGUUGGGGAUUCGGUGGUCUGGAGGGUUGAUCAUUCAGCAAUCUCAGCAGGACACUCGCCACCUGUACGACUACUGUGUACAGCUGGAGCUAGACAAGAGUACGCGCAAGAUGAAGUUGCCCUUAGAGAAGUACACCGGAGAUCUGGAUGCGGCGGUAGGCUCCUGGCUUUUGCUUGAGAGCGUUAGUAGAUCGGGUAGGGCGGAAAAAUGA